AUGGCGAAACCUGCAUACAUUCUGCAGGAUGAGGCUGAGUUGCUGGAUGUAAGCCCCUUCAAGCCAUCGAUCACACAGCCAGGCGCUUCAGGAAAUUCCCCUGCAGCUCCGGUCUCGACUGAGACCCCAUCUCCAAACAAGGCUGGAGGAGAGAAUGCCGUUCUUGCACUCACGGCCGCAGUGCUCAUUCAAUGCAAGAUUUGCUUGGAGAUGUUGGCAAAGCAUUGCUUCGGCAAAGGCAAGAACAGCCAGUGUGUAUGCCUGGAGUGCCGCCGCGCAGACGAGGCGGCAGAGAAGCAGGUGAAGGGCACAGCGGAGGAAGCCCAAUGGAAGCAGCUGAAAGCAGCUGGAGGUGCAGACUACCGCAAAGUGAUCAUCGACUUCAGAAAAAAGUGUCCUGCCAAAGGUCGCGGUGCUCAACGGGCCAAGUACGAUUUCACGACGAUGUUCAAGACACUCGAGACGUUCAACCAGGUGCAGACCGAGGCACGCUGCCGAUGGAUGACGGAAACCUAUUAUUUAGAAUGGAGCCAGACUGCAGAGGGGGGAUCCUACACCCCCAUGGAAGCCAAAGACCGAUGGGAUAACCUGUACAACGACAUCGCCGUCGGCAGGGACAAACUCGGAAAGGGCGGUGCAGACAGGCUUUUAAUCCACAUGUUCGAUGAGGUGGUGGGCUCCAGCGGAACGCGCAGCUCCAAAGGCAUAACACAGUCUGGCAGGACGCAGAAAGAUAUCUCGGAGGACAAGCUGCAGGACAUGUGUGACGCGAUGGGCACCGGGCACGACGGCUUCAGCUCGGAGAUCUUUUCCAAUGUCAACGGCGGCAAUCUUUCUGCUGCCCUUCGUGCCGGUGGGUCUUCGCUGGGAAGAGGCAGAGGAGGUGCCCUUUGCACACAGGCGGCCCUUCCUCCUCCGCCGCCUGCGGAUGGAGCAGCGGAGGAAAACAAAAAGAAGAAGCGGAAGACGGACGUGCAGGCCCUGAAGGUGACCCAACACGAUCGGCUGCAGCGUGAGAACCAGGCCCUCGUCACUGAAGCCCGUGAUGUGUUGUGGAAGCUCGACAGCGCUUUGGAGUCUGUGACCCCAGAGGACGAGGAACUCUACAAGAUGUAUGUGAACUUGCUGCGGACGAGGAGGUCGGCCAUCGAGGUGUGGGCUGGGCCGUUGGACGAGGAUCCAGAUGACCCAGCGGAUGCCAUCUCGGCAUUCAAGGAGUUCAAGACGGACGCAUGCCUUCCCGAAAAUCGUGCAAUGCUCCCCAGCCCGGACUUCGAGCAUCUGCUGAGUCGUUUCGAGAUUGCUUCCGAGGCCUUUGACAACACGACAAAUGCAGCUGACCAGGACGAGUUGAAACAGACUUUGAAGUCUUUUGGUGAGAGAAAGGCAUUGGUGAAGAACCUGCUCUCCUGCGGCAUGCGUGCUGUGAAGGACCUCAAGUCAGCCCGUGCAGCCAGACAGAAGACUUUCGAAACACGUGUCAAGAAAGAAGCGGCUCAAGCAAAGGCUGCCGCAAAGGCCAAAGCCAAGGAAGAGGCUCGGGCCUCUGGUGCCCGCAAGCCUCCCAAGGGUGCGCAAGCAGAGACAGCCAAUGCAGCCUCCGAGACGGCAGAGGCACUCCCGCCAAUCUUUCAGUUUGGGACCUUGACAGACUUGUCUGAGGCGGUGACGCAUUUGAAAGCACAGGCAGUGCCGACUGCGGGAAGCGCAGGGUUUUCCUCCACGGCAGCCGAUGUUACCAAGCCAUUCCUCGUCGAGUCCUGCUCAGAGUUGGAGGACUCCUUGAGCAAGGAUGACAUGGUCCGUCAGCGCUUCAAUUUCUUGAGGACCUUCCAAAGUUCGCCGCAGUUCACUGGUUCCGGAAGAGGAACCAUGAACCUCCCAGAUAUGAGCGGGCUCCUUGGCACGAUCUUGAAGUAUGCCCCGGCCGAGGCCGUGGAUCCUGUCCGAGCCUCCCUAAGUGACCAGGAAUUGGCCACCCUGGUCACAACGGUCGGGGCCUACGCUUUCUCAGAUGUCAUGCGUUAUGCUGGGACGGAAUUCAAGCAGGCGGCCACUUUGAGGUUUCAGCUCAAGGGCAAGCGGCGCUUUGCUGCCGUGGGCUUUGCAGCGCUGCAAGAAAAGCUGAUUACGCUUCAAGAUGACUCAGCCACAACCGGUGUGGCCGCCAAGAUGUCCGAGCUUAAUGUGAGCAAGGCCCAAGACAUCUCAGUUGAGGUCGCAUCUCAGGUUUUGCAAGCAGCUACGACCACGGAUGCAGACGGGUUGAUGCCGAUGUUCUACAUUGGGGAGAGCGGUGCCAACUCUGUGACCUACGUGCCUGCAGGCUUCUUCAUGCUGGACAUUACCUACGGCAAGCAGAUGGUCAGUGGAUUCAGGGCUUCGCUCUUGGUUGCCACCCCAUCCGAGGUUGAUAACCUGAAGGCCAUCAUUCAGACGUUUGAGGCUGCCGGCCGCGAUGCAGGUCUCAUGGUGUCCAUGGUCAAUGCCAUGAAAAACCACGAUGCGUUGAUCACAGUAGCGCAUGCUGGCGUGAAGAAGGAGGAGGCGGAGGAGGACGAAGGCAAAGGCGAUGGCGAGCCAAAGCACGAGGCCGAGGGAAGUGAGAUCCUAGACCCAGACAACCAAGACGAGGAAGAGACGGACAGUCAGGCUGCAGAAAAGGCUUUGCAGCAGCUUGAGACCGAAGCCGCCGAAGCCAAGAUCAAGACGCCGGAAACCAAGGAGGGAGAAGCGGAGCUGCCCACGGGCACAGGCUCGCUGACGUCGCCAAUGGAGGUGAAUCCGAACCCCGACACGGACGGUGCAGGGCCUAUGCCAGCGAUGGGUGAUGACGUGAAGGAAACCCCGACAAAGCGCCCAAGACUUCUCCUGGACAGCCCAAAGAUCAAACCGGCCGCCCCUGUAGCAGCAGCUCCAUCCAAGUCUCCAGCCAAUGAGAUGAAGCAGCCUGUUGUAGGCGAAAGCCAGAAGGGCAACGAGGCAUUCCUGAACAUGAUGAAGGCUAAGAGUGCCAGUGCCAGUGCCGCAGAGCCCAAGGAUGCUGCGAAGAAAGCGGGCAAGAAGUGA